AUGCUGCAGCCAUCAGAUGCUCGUCUCCAAAGUCCCCAGAGAAGCCGCCAGUCUGACAGUCAAGGAGAGCUAUGGGAAACAAGGUCUCGUUGUUCCGGUUCCUCCAAGCGGUCCACGAGGUCAUCAGCAAGCGUUGCAGCACUCAAAGCGAGAGCCAAAGCUGGGGCUGCACAAGCGCAGUUGGCCUAUGCGGAAGAGGAAGCUGAAGCCAUAAAGCAACAAGCUCAUAUACAAGCUCAACUGCACAUAUUAAAGGUAAGGAAAGAAGCAGCAGCUGCAGCGGCGGAAGCAAACAUCCUAGAGGCAGCGGUUCAAUAUGAAGAUUUGCAACCACUCUGCCAAGAGCCUUCUUCCAACAGCUCAGUGGACUCCAGGCAAAAGGUUCAAAACUACAUUGAUAGUCAAAUCUUCCAGCUAGACAACCAAGCAUCAACACAGCCUCCAAUAUCAAGCACAAACCCUUUCUACCAAGCAGAAACUACAAAUCUUCAACCCCAGCAAACACUGGAGCAACAAAAUCCCCUCUCUUACAACCUUGUAUCAACCCCCAAUCCUCGCACUACGUACCCAACUGCAAACUACCAGCAUCAGCCAUCUAGUUCAUGUCCUCCCAGCGCUCAGCUGACAUCAAACGUGAGUGAUGUAGCCAAGUAUCUAAUGAGACGUGAACUUAUUACAGGCACUAUGCAGAAAUUUGAUGACAAUGCACAAAAUUAUCGUGGCUGGAAAGCAUCCUUUCUAAACGUCACUGCAGAGUUAGCCCUGUCAUCCAAAGAACAGCUAGACCUCCUGAUGAAGUGGCUUGGGCCAAAGUCAACUGAACAAGCAAAGAGAAUCAGUGCGGCUCUAAUCAACAACACACCUGCUGCUCUCGACAUGGUGUGGCAGCGCCUGGAAGAAAUGUACGGUGCACCUGAGGUAAUCGAGCACGCCCUCUUUAAGAAGAUUGAGGACUUUCCUAGAAUUACCUCCAGAGACAAUACUAAAUUGAUAGAGUUAGGGGACCUCUUACUAGAACUUGAACUAGCAAAACGAGCUCUACCAAACAACAGAGAACAAGCUUUAAAGAGACUCUUCACACUCAAACGCAGUCUUGACAAAAAACCUGAAAUGAGAGAGCACUUCCUACAGUUCAUGCAGAAAAUCCUAGACAAUCAGCAAGCAGAAAUUGCACCUCCCUUGCAGCCUGAUGAAGAGUGUUGGUACCUCCCUAUGUUUGGGGUGUACCAUCCGCGGAAACCCAAUCAAAUUCGUGUGGUUUUUGACUCAAGCGCCAAACAUGAGGGUUUAGCACUCAACGACGUCCUCUUGAGUGGCCCAGAUCUUAACAAUGCCUUGCUAGGAGUGCUCAUCAGAUUCCGCAGAGAGCCUAUUGCAGUAACAGCAGACGUGGAGCAAAUGUUCUACUGUUUCAAAGUGAGAGAAGACCAUCGCAAUUAUCUGCGAUUCCUGUGGCACAAAGACAAUGACAUCACAGCGGAGAUUAUCGAGUACCGCAUGAAAGUUCAUGUGUUUGGGAAUCGGCCCUCUCCUUCUGUCGCCAUCUACGGGCUAUGCAAAGCAGCUGAGGUAGGAGAGACGGAACAUGGCAAGGAUGUAUCACAGUUUGUCACCAGGAACUUUUAUGUGGACGACGGUCUUAUCUCACUACCAACAGAACUGGAAGCUGUCACUCUCCUACAAAAUACACAGAAAAUGUUGGCCGAGUCAAAUCUGCGCCUACACAAAAUCGCUUCAAACAGCAGCAAAGUUAUGGAGGCAUUCCCCACAAGUGACUUGGCAAAAGACAUUAAAAGUCUCAACCUCGACAGUGACCCGUUGCCUGUUCAGAGAAGUUUAGGCAUCAGCUGGAGUCUUGAUUCGGAUACUUUCACUUUCCGAGUGUGCAAAGAGGAAAAACCCUUCACCAAAAGGGGUGUACUAUCUACUGUUAAUAGUUUGUACGACCCUUUGGGUUUUGUUGCACCUAUAACUGUACAGGGAAAAGCACUCAUUAGAGAACUCAUCACCGAACCAUGCGACUGGGAUGAUCCCUUGUCCCCUGACAAAGAAAGGCUAUGGACUGCAUGGAAAGAUUCACUUCUGGAGCUAGAGCACAUAAACAUCCCCAGAUCGUAUGUGCCAUUGUCUCUCUCCUCAAUGCAACACAGAGAACUUUGUGUCUUCAGCGACGCUUCAUCAACAGCUAUAGCAGCUGUCGCCUACAUACAAGUUCAAGAUGAGUAUGGACAGUACUUCACUGGAUUUGUCAUGGGGAAAUCGAAACUAGCACCAAGGCCAGCGCACACUAUCCCACGUCUUGAGCUGUGUGCAGCCGUCCUUGGUGUGGAAAUGGCAGAACUCAUAUCUCAAGAAAUAGACAUUAACCUGCACGCUGUCAAGUUCUACACAGACAGUAAGAUCGUGCUGGGUUACAUCUACAACACCUCAAGAAGGUUUUAUGUCUAUGUAUCAAACAGAGUCUCGAGAAUCAGAAAGUCGUCUGUGCCAUCACAGUGGCAUCAUGUCUCAUCAGAAACCAACCCGGCAGACAUUGCUACACGUCCAAUAACAGCACUUCUAUUGCCCCAAACCUGCUGGUUCACUGGACCACCUUUCCUGACAAGAGAACUGUCAGAUUUGCCUCGUACACCGGAUGCAAACAACUUCAAACUUGUCGAUCCAGAACAAGAUGCAGAGAUUCGCCAAGACGUCACCGUCUGCGCUACUCAAGUUAGCAACAAACCUCUCAGCUCGCACCGCUUCGAAAGAUUCUCGUCGUGGGAACAUCUCAUAAGGGGUAUGAAAAAACUCAUCACAGUAGCCAGAAUCAAAACAAAAGCUACAGACCCAAACACCACAAAUCUGCAAACUCAGGCUAAACUGACAGUCAUUGCAAGUGUUCAACAAUGUGCAUUCAGAGAGGAUAUAAAGAAGUUGCAUAAAGGGGAGCAAAUCUCGAAACCAAGCCCAUUGUGGACUCUAAAUCCAUUCACAGACUCAAGUGGGCUGUUAAGAGUAGGAGGUCGCACAUCCCUAGCUGAUCUUCCAUAUGACGAAAAGUACCCACUGAUACUUCCAAAAAAGCAUCAUGUGUCAACUCUGCUUGUGAGACAUUAUCACCAAGCUGUCGCUCACCAAGGUCGCCACCUCACAGAGGGAGCUCUACGAUCUGCAGGUGUUUGGAUAAUUGGUGCCAGAAAACUAGUCUCGAGUGUAAUCCAUCAGUGUGUCACAUGUCGCAAGCUUAGAGGUAGACCUGCUGAUCAGAAAAUGGCUGACCUACCUGAGGACCGUCUUGUUAUGGAGCCUCCAUUCACUAGGGUGGGCUUAGACGUCUUUGGGCCAUGGACUGUUGUCACCCGCAGGACAAGGGGUGGUAGUGCAGAAAGCAAGCGCUGGGCAGUUUUAUUCAGUUGCCUAGGCACACGCGCUGUUCACAUUGAGGUCAUCGAGUCUAUGUCCACCUCAAGCUUCAUUAAAGCCCUGCGAAGGUUUUUUGCUGUCAGAGGCCCUUCCAAAGUUCUCAGAUCAGACCGUGGAACUAACUUUAUUGGGGCUUGUAAAGAGUUGAAAAUCAGAUCUGACGACUCAGAAAUCCAAGACUACUUGAGUAAAGAAGGCUGCACGUGGACCUUUAACACCCCCCACUCAUCACAUAUGGGUGGUUCGUGGGAAAGGAUGAUAGGCAUUGCUCGCCGCAUUCUUGACGCCAUGUUACUGCAGUCAAGUCCUACUCGCCUCACGCAUGAAGUCCUCGCAACGUUAAUGGCGGAAGUUAUGGCUAUCAUUAAUGCCCGCCCAUUAGUUCCCAUCACCACAGAUUCAGACACUCCAACCGUUUUGACCCCUUCCAUGCUCCUAACUCAAAAGGCAGGAGCUGCUCCUGCUCCAGAAGGGUCAUAUGACAUUAAGGAUAUGUACAGGAAGCAAUGGCAACAUGUUCAAAGUCUCGCAGAUGCUUUUUGGAAACGCUGGAGACAAGAAUAUUUGUCAACUCUACAAGUCAGAAAUAAAUGGACUCAUGACAAGGACAAAAUCCAAGAAGGAGAUGUUGUCUUAGUAAAGGAUGAUCUGGUGAAGCGCAACGAAUGGCCCAUUGGACUCAUUACUAAGUGCAUCCCAAGUGAAGACAAAAGGAUCAGAAAGGUGAAGGUAAAAGUGGUAAAACAAGGGUCUCCACGUGUCUAUCUUCGACCUGUAACUCAACUCAUUCUGUUGCUCUCUCCAAACAGUGGAAGAAAGACUGAUUAGUUUAAAUGGUAUAAAGUGUUUAUACCAGGCGGGGAGUGUGAUGACUAGUGUAAUAUAAAGAUAAGUUUCCUUUGUGUGGGCUCGCAGUGCCCACUUGUGGCGAGUUUUAUGUUCACUCCAGGAAGCUCAGUACAGGAAGUUCAGUGUAACUGUCAUGGUCGAAGAGCAGUCGUUCCCGCAUCGUCUUGGCCCACAUAAGGCUGUAAGUUUAAGUUUAAAUUGAAUACAAUCUUACAUAGGAACCUAUAAGUAAGUUAAAAGUCAGAAAUUUCAGUUUUAAGAAGUUAUUUUAAGUAAAUGCAAGUUUUAUGGUGACAGUUUGGAAGUGUUAGCAUUUUUUAGCAUUUAAGCUAGCGGACUUUUCUGAUGCUAGUCAGGCUAAUUCCAAUAGUUAAAUUGGUCAACAAAUUCAGAGUUGGGGAAGCCCUGAUGAUGGUUUGUUGUGGGGUGUGGCGUGUGGAUGUCUUUUUGUUCAAGUCAUGUAUUUGUAAUUCACACUCUGACUGCUGUGUUUUUGUGUGUUGCAGUUUUACAGUUUAAAAUAAAGAG